CCCCCAAAGGGGUCGGGACCCACAGGUGGAGAACCGCUGCGUGGUGCGUGGGGGUUUCUUAAGGGGCAAAUUGGCCUCACCCUGCUCUGCUCAGAGGAUCAGCUGUGUCUCCUUGUGGCACCUAAUAGUGGUUGAUGGGUUGCAGGGGCAGCCUGGGCUGGCUCCUCUUCUAGUCCCCUGGUUCCUUUGCAUGGAGCCCCUGAAAUUUCUCCCCCUGUGCUCCGAGGAGCAUGAGGAGGCUGAGGUGGGACGGAGGUGCCCCCAAGUCCUUCCCAGGCACACUGCACAAAUCCUUGUGCUUUCCUUUCUCUGGCCAUCCAGCGAGCCUCCCUCCCACCUUUGGAAGUCUCUGGCUCAGAGGUGGGCACACAUGUGGCCCCCGACUCCAGGGCCACAGGCCAGGCUCUCCCAAGAACAUCCUUGCUGUGUGCCACUUGGAUGGCAGCACCAGGGCUGGCCCCGAGCCCCCACUCGGCAAGGGCACCUCUCGUAGGCGCCUUCCUGCCUUCAGUUUCUUAGAGCGCUCUCCCUUGGCUCCAAUUUUUUGGAAGUACGUAGCACUGUAAGAGGGUUGUUGUUGUUGUUUUUUCCCUUUUGUUUCAUUUAUUGUUUCACAUCUAAGAACACCUUCUCGGAGAGAAAGCAGUUUUCCAAAAACAAUGACCACAGCUGAUUAAGUUUCCUUACUUUGUCCGAGCAUAUAAAAAAAAGGCCCUCUGAUUUUUGUUGCGCAAAACAUAGUGCCAAAGUCCAUGUUAGCAUUUAUUAUGUCCAGAAAGUAAAUCUGAGUACUGGAAAAACUGAUCAAAAUAAGAAAUUUCAUACGAAGUUUGGUAUUUAGGACAUUCAUCUAAGUUUCAGGGAGGUGUGAGAAAGAGAAGGAGUGCGGUGUGGUACUGGGAGAUACCUACAGUAAGAUGGGGCAGGCAGAAAGCAGAGAGGCUGAGGGUGUGAAGGGCGGGGCGGGAGCGGCAAGGCGGAGCCAGAGGGCUGCUCCUCAGAGGUGACACCUGAAGGCACUCGAAAAGGAAGCGGGAGUUCACCAGGUGGUGGAGUGGCUAAAGGAAGCCACACCUGGAAAACAGUGUGGGCACAGCUGAGGCCAUGUGCUCUUGGGAACUUAAAUAGCUCAGUGUCUGGGAGCUUUCAACAGCAGAUGAGGAGGGUUGGGCUGGAGUUUCCUGCUAGGGAGUUGGGGGUUUUAUCUGGAAGGUUUGGAGCACAGCAGGGAGGCCAUUGAAGUGUUUUAAGCAAGGGCUUGUCUAUCUCUGACCCCAGUGAGGCAGGGGUGAGGCUGAGGAGAGCAGCCUGGAUGGAGGCAAUGACCCGGAGACAGGGAGAUGGCCAGGCCCAUCCACCAGAGGGCUAUGUGGGGAUUCUGGGGUGUGAGAAGGAGAGAGAGGAGGAUGCCCAGUGUGGGCCCUCAAGUUGCUAAUUCGUGGGCUGGGAGGAUAGUGUGGGACCUGGACUGGGAAUCGGAUUUAGACGCAAUCAGAGAUGGGAAGCCUGCCUCCAGCGGCACUUCCUGGGGACUUGCGUCCAUUCGCCCCUGCUGUGUCAACUGAGGACCAGAAGUCCAGAAUUCCUGGUCAGGUGGUUUGCACAUGCCCAGAGACGGGUUAGCAGAGUCGGACUACAACAGGGAGUAUCUCCAGAGGACAAAAAUCAGUUCUACUCCUGGAUAUUCAUUUGAAGACCUAUAUAAUCAAGACAAAAAUAAGUAGUCCAAAGACGGCAAGAACUAGCCAGCGGAAUGUGAAACACUGGAAUUCUUGUUUCGGAAAGGUUUCUGGAAGAAGUUGACUGCCUGAAAGGAAACUACAAAACAUGAAAAUCGCGUUGAGGUGACCAACAAGUCCAGUGGCUCCUUAUUCCUCCCAGGGUGGAUCUGAGGUUUAAGAACUGUAACUUCAGAUGAGGAAACUUGGGCCCAGAGAGAAGGAGUGACAGCCUCAGUCACAUCGUGUGGAGCUCGGACCCCCGACCGCGGGCGGCACACGGCCCUCUUCAACUUCGUGUAGAGCUGGAGUUCCUUACAAGACCUCCAAUGGCCGACCAGAGAAUGGACAUUUCGUCAACAAUCAGUGAUUUCAUGUCCCCGGGUGCCACCGACCUCCUGUCCAGCCCCCUCGGCACCAGUGGCGUGGAUUGCAACCGCAAACGGAAAGGCAGCUCCACCGACUACCAACUUGAUGACUUUUCUUUUGAAGAAAGCAUGGACACAGACAAAGAUGACCCUCAUGGAAGGUUAGAAUACACAGAGCACCAAGGAAGGAUAAAAAAUGCAAGGGAAGCCCACAGUCAGAUUGAAAAGAGGCGCCGGGAUAAAAUGAACAGUUUCAUCGAUGAAUUGGCUUCUUUGGUACCAACGUGCAACGCAAUGUCCAGGAAAUUAGAUAAACUUACUGUGCUAAGGAUGGCGGUUCAGCACAUGAAAACGUUACGAGGUGCCACUAAUCCAUACACAGAGGCAAACUACAAACCAACUUUUCUGUCGGAUGAUGAACUGAAACACCUCAUUCUCAGGGCAGCAGAUGGAUUUUUGUUUGUCGUAGGAUGUGACCGAGGGAAGAUACUCUUUGUCUCAGAGUCUGUCUUCAAGAUUCUCAACUACAGCCAGAAUGACCUGAUUGGUCAAAGUUUGUUUGACUACCUGCAUCCUAAAGAUAUCGCCAAAGUCAAGGAACAGCUCUCCUCCUCGGACACUGCACCCCGGGAGCGGCUCAUAGAUGCAAAAACUGGACUUCCAGUUAAAACAGAUAUAACCCCUGGGCCAUCUCGAUUAUGUUCUGGAGCACGGCGUUCUUUCUUCUGUAGGAUGAAGUGUAACAGGCCUUCAGUAAAGGUUGAAGACAAGGAUUUCCCCUCCACCUGCUCCAAGAAAAAAGCAGAUCGAAAAAGCUUCUGCACAAUCCACAGCACAGGCUAUUUGAAAAGCUGGCCACCCACAAAGAUGGGGCUGGAUGAAGACAAUGAACCAGACAACGAAGGGUGUAACCUCAGCUGCCUCGUCGCAAUAGGACGACUGCACUCUCACGUGGUUCCACAGCCGGUGAACGGGGAGAUCAGGGUGAAGUCGAUGGAAUAUGUUUCUCGGCAUGCAAUAGAUGGGAAGUUUGUUUUUGUAGACCAGAGGGCAACAGCUAUUUUGGCAUAUUUACCACAAGAACUUCUAGGCACAUCAUGUUAUGAAUAUUUUCACCAAGAUGACAUAGGACAUCUUGCAGAAUGUCAUAGGCAAGUUUUACAGACGAGAGAAAAGAUUACAACCAACUGCUAUAAGUUUAAAAUCAAAGAUGGUUCUUUCAUCACACUGCGGAGUCGAUGGUUCAGUUUCAUGAACCCUUGGACCAAGGAAGUAGAAUACAUUGUCUCAACCAACACUGUUGUCCUAGCCAACGUCCUGGACGGCGGGGACCCAACCUUCCUGCAGCUCACAGCGUCCCCGCACAGCAUGGACAGCAUGCUGACCUCUGGAGAAGGUGGACCCAAGAGGACCCACCCCACCGUUCCAGGGAUUCCAGGGGGAACCAGGGCUGGGGCUGGAAAAAUAGGUAGAAUGAUUGCUGAGGAAAUCAUGGAAAUCCACAGGAUAAGAGGGUCAUCACCUUCCAGCUGUGGCUCCAGCCCACUGAACAUCACAAGUACACCUCCCCCUGAUGCCUCUUCUCCAGGAGGCAAGAAGAUUUUAAAUGGAGGGACUCCAGACAUUCCUUCCAGUGGCCUAUUGCCAGGGCAGGCUCAGGAGAACCCAGGUUAUCCAUACUCUGAUAGCUCCUCUAUUCUUGGCGACAACCCUCACAUAGGCAUAGACAUGAUAGACAACGAUCAAGGCUCCAGCAGUCCCAGUAACGAUGAAGCAGCAAUGGCGGUCAUAAUGAGCCUCUUGGAAGCAGACGCUGGGCUGGGUGGCCCCGUGGACUUUAGCGACUUGCCAUGGCCGCUGUAAACACUACAUGUUGCUUUAGCAACACUACAGUAUCAAAGUGCAUUACUGGUGGAGUUUUACAGUCUGUGAAGCUUACUGGGUAAGGAGAGAACAGCUUUUAUGUACUGUCUUCAUAAAAGCCAUCUCAGAGCCAUUGAUACAAGUCAAUCUUACUAUGUGUAACUUCAGACAAAGUGGAACUAAGCCUGCUCCAGUGUUUCCUCAUCAUUGAUUAUUGGGCUAGCUGUGGAUAGCUUGCAUUAAUUGUAUAUUUUGGAUUCUGUUUGUGUUGAAUUUUUUAAUCAUUGUGCACAGAAGCAUCAUUGGUAGCUUUUAUAUGCAAAUGGUCAUUUCAGAUGUAUGGUGUUUUUACACUACAAAGAAAUCCCCAUGUGGAUAUUUCUUAUACUAAUUGUAUCAUAAAGCUGUUUAUUCUUCCUUGUAAGAAUCCUUUACUAUAAAUAUGGGUUAAAGUAUAAUGUAUUAGACAGUUAAAUAUUUUUAAUAAAUGUUUCCCUUGUUCUAUAAAUACUGUUCACUUUUCAAAUAAUUAGAAAAAAAUCCUAUGUGCUACAGGCUGGAUCAUCAAUUUUCUACAGUAGGUUUUAAGGACGACCAUGCCAAUGACAUUUACACCUUUCUGGCCUUCCUAUCAAGUCUGGGACUGACGUAAUUUCCCUGCUUCGCUGUAUUGUGAAAAUAGUUAAUCUCCAAAUUGUUGCAAUUUUAAUUUCUGAGAACAAAGAUGUUACUGUUUAAAUACAAAAUUCAAAUCCUCUGAAAUUACAAAUGCAAGAUUAGAUGUAACAAAUUGGCUUCUCUAUAACAACUCCUCUCCACUACUACUCACAGCUGUAUGGCUUCUAACAUUAUGUGACCCAAACCUAAAUAUUUUGAUUCCUUCUUGAAUUGGGCCACAGAAUAUUAAAAAAUAGCAUUUGUAUGAAUUAUAUGCUAAGCAGAGCAGCACAGUACAAUGGAAAAAGCCCCGAACUAGUGUCAGAAAUUGGCUCUGAAAAUUAAGGUUACAGUAUGACCUAGCAAAAGUAUUUCACCCUUCACAUCAGGUGGAACGAGAAAAUAUUCUCUUUUCAGGUCUAACAUUGUUUGAAUUUAUAGUAUUUUAGAAUUAGUAGGGAAUCUAAGUGCCUCAUCACACAUAUAUGAAACUGGAGUUCUUUGAGCUACUGUUUUCUAGUUAUACUGACACUAUCAAGACAGAAAUUCUGCUAAUUAUGAGACUAAAAAUGGUCAAGGUUAUAAAGUUGAUCAGAAACAUUAAAACAAUGAAAUUUUAUUUUGAUGAAAAACUCGAGUUUACAAUCAUUUAGUAAAUGAAGAGCAAACACUUCAUUUUCCUAUCCCAUAACUCUUAAGAAAAACAAUCAUUAGUAAAUAAAUAUCUGUGAACAGAUUAAGGGUAAGGCAGACUGGAUAAUAAACCACCCCUGCUGUUCACACUCCCUGCAUGUGGCUUACUCUGACAGGGUGAAAACGGCACUGAAGAUAAACUGAAAAGACAAGAUAUGGGCACUGAAUCUCAUUCUAGUUAUUCAAA